AUGGUCCGCACUUCCGUCCUCCACGAUGCGCUCAACGCCAUCAACAACGCCGAGAAGGCUGGCAAGCGCCAGGUCCUGAUCCGACCUUCUUCCAAGGUCAUCAUCAAGUUCCUCCAGGUUAUGCAGCGUCACGGAUAUAUCGGCGAGUUCGAGGAGGUGGAUGACCACCGAUCCGGCAAGAUCGUUGUCCAGCUCAACGGCCGUCUCAACAAGACCGGUGUCAUCUCUCCCCGCUACAACGUCCGUCUCUCCGAGCUCGAGAAGUGGGUUGUCAAGCUGCUCCCUGCCCGUCAGUUCGGCUACGUCAUCCUCACCACCUCUGCCGGUAUCAUGGACCACGAGGAGGCUCGCCGCAAGCACGUCUCUGGCAAGAUCAUUGGUUUCUUCUACUAA